AUGUCUGCAGCUCUUGAUAUGACUCUCGACGACAUCAUCAAGAACAACAAAAAAUCUGGAUCCGGAAACUCCAAAGGCCGAUCCAGACCCGCACCCGGUCCUGGACCCGCUCGCCGGCUUCCUAACCGCGUCUCCAACCGUGCCACGCCUUACUCCGCCGCUAAGGCGCCGGAGACGACGUGGCAACAUGAUUUGUAUGGAGAUCAGCAUGUGGCUGCGGGUUUUCCCGCUCAAGGUGGUCGUGCGCCUUCCAUUGAAACUGGAACCAAGCUCUAUAUAUCUAAUUUGGAUUACGGCGUUUCCAAUGAUGAUAUUAAGGAAUUGUUUUCUGAAGUUGGUGACUUGAAACGACACGGUGUUCAUUACGACAGGAGUGGAAGAUCAAAGGGUACUGCAGAAGUAGUCUUCUCACGGCGACAGGAUGCUGUUGCUGCUGUAAAGAGAUACAAUAAUGUUCAACUGGAUGGGAAACCAAUGAAGAUAGAGAUUGUUGGGACAAACAUUUCUACACCUGGUGCAGCUCCUGCUGUAAAUGCCGCCCUUGGAAAUUUUAAUGGAAUUCCUCCAAGUGGUCAAGGAAGAGUUGGAGAUUUCCGAGGGCAGGGAGGAAGAGGUCAAGGCAUUCGAAGAAAUCGAGGACGUGGAAGAGGUAGCGUUGGAAGUCGUGGUGGUGGUCGUGGUGCCGGACGCGGUAGAGGUCGCGAUGAAAAGGUAUCUGCAGAAGAUCUUGAUGCUGAGCUGGAGAAGUAUCAUGCAGAGGCCAUGCAAAUAAACUAA